GCAUAGACACUUAAUGGACUUCUUCGGUUUUCAGUCUACUCAUAAAUUUGAAGAUCGUAACAUAGCUUGUCUUUUUUUCUUCCUGCUGUAGACUCAUGCAUGUCAGUCUAUAUUGCAAAAGAGGUGCUACAGCUUUUCUCCCAAAACUCCCGCUAACAUUGAUGGCAUUUCUGAAGCAGUUAUGCCUGAUGUGUGUGAGAAAAAUUCAGUCACUGUGCAACAUUCAGGAAAUAUUCUACUGCACUUCCUCCUUUUUCAAGCAUGUAUAUUCCAGACGUCUUGUUGGGCAACGGUAAAUUAUUGCUUGGCCAGCGAGACCAGUUGGAAAAUAACUCGUGCUCAUUAAAGUGACAUGCAGGUGUAUUUCCCGCAACCACGCCCCCUGAAACUGGUUCCUUGAUAAAGCAGCUGCGCAGCCUGCUGCCAGUCAGUCAACACAGCCAACUGCUGCUGUGUGUGUGGCGUGAUGGACCGGCAAGUGAGCAUCGUUUCAAGGCAGGAGUGGGGAGCAGUUACCCCCAAACAAAAGGAGGCUUUGAAAAGAUCUGCCAGCAGAGUUGUCAUACACCACACUGCCUACCCAAGCUGCAAAGACCUGGCAGAGUGCAAAACCUGCCUUGUCAGCAUUCAGAGAUACCAUAUGAAAGACAGAAAGUUUGACGACAUCGGAUAUAAUUUUCUUGUUGCUGGAGAUGGCACUGUGUUUGAGGGGCGCGGCUGGGGUGUGGUGGGGGCGCACACCAAAGACCACAACAGUGACUCACUGGGAAUUGCCUUCAUGGGGAAUUUCAGCAAAGACACGCCGAGCAAAAAAGCCAUCGUUGCAGUUAAACAGCUGCUGCAGUCUGGGGUUUCCGCGGGAUUUUUACAGCCUGGGUUUGCCCUCUAUGGACACAGAGAUUUGGGAAACACAGAAUGUCCAGGAGAAAAGCUUUACGCUGCACUGCCACAGCUGAGGAGCGCAUCGUAAAGCUCACAGAGGAUUUCUCAGUGUUUUGAAGGGAAAUUUCAGCCCCUUCUCAAACUGCACACAAACCGUCAUCAGCUUUUCCUUCAUCUCAGAUGUGGAGUAAACAAGAUGUUAGGAGGAAGAAGCUUUAUAGAACAGUAACUAACUCACAUUUCUUUUUUUUCUCAUCAUAUUAUCACCACAUUAAUAUUAUCUCUUAGCAGGAAGAGCCUACAGUUUUCACAGUCUACAGUUUUCACAGCCCAGCAGAGCUUUCUCUUACAGCAGAGGGAGCCAUUGCAAUGGAUGAGAACAGUAUAGGCUUUAACUGUCUUGAUGUGCAGACAGAAACCAUUAUGCUUGAAUAUACAGUUGAAUGUUGUGUGAAAGUUUACAUUUGUAUUUGAAUAAGUUGAUUUAAUUUGCCAUCUUUUUGUUGUUGUUGUUGUUGUUGUUAU